GAGACAGAACGAUUUCUCGCCGGCGUUCAUCAACCUCCGGCGUGCAUCUACCUUACUCCACCGAGUUUGUCUCUUGUUAGCUAGGUUAAGUCUCCGUGUUCGUUGUCUGCGACCCGCGAAGCUCUGAGCUUCAAAUUGUAUCUGAUGGUUUCCGUUUCCCUGUGUUAGUGAGGAACAAUGGCUGGACAAGGUGAGGAAGAUGUGCCUAGAGACGCCAAGAUUGUCAAGUCUCUGCUUAAGUCGAUGGGUGUUGAGGACUACGAGCCUCGUGUGGUUCACCAGUUUCUUGAAAUAUGGUAUCGUUACGUGGUCGAUGUGUUGACCGAUGCUCAGGUUUACUCAGAGCAUGCUACCAAAUCCACCAUCGACUGUGACGAUCUGAAGCUCGCUAUUCAAUCCAAAGUUAGUUUCAGCUUCCCUCAGCCACCUCUAAGAGAGGUACUGCUAGAGCUUGCUACCAGCAGGAAUAAGAUCCCUUUACCGAAAUUGAUAGCAGGACUCGGUGUUCCACUCCCGCCUGAACAGGACACGUUGCUUAGCCCAAACUACCAGCUCGUUAUUCCCAAGAAGUCAGCUUCGAUUGAACCUGAAGAGACAGAGGAGGACGACGAAGACGUGACAAAUCCUGCACCACAAACAUCUCAGUAACAACAACAAUCAGAGCUUCUACGCCAAACUCCUCAAAGGGUCUCUUUCCCUCUCUUUAGAAGACCCAACUAAGUAGACAGACAUCAACAACAAACUAUAAUGUCAUGUAUCAACAUGUAGAGAAUGUAAGAGAAUCAAUUUUGUUGAUACUUUUGGUUAAAUAGCACUUCUGUUUCCAUG